UUGAUACAUUUUGAAAGUUAGGAAAGAGGGUCAAAUAUUGUAUUCUUUCUGCAUAUAAAAAUUAGGGUAUUCUUUCUUCUCACAUAUAUCACACCUUUCUUUCUUCCAUAUUCUUUUGUUUAUCAUCGGCCGAUUCCUCUCUCUCUUCAAUCCUUCAGGGUUUUGGAGCUUUGUUUCGAUUUCUGUGUUUCUCUUGAACUAAUACAUACAUACAUUUGCCGAAACAACUAGAUGGGGAGAAAGAAGGGAACAGAACACGAGGAAGAGAACCCCGAAGCUGCCAAGCAGGUCGGUGGUGGAGGGAAGUCGAAGAAGAAGAAUAGGGUGAUUGACGACGAUGAGUACUCUGUUGGGACUGAAUUGUCCGAAGAACCUACGGUUCAGGAAGAGACAGCACCGGCUUUUGGUAAGAAGAAAGGUAAGAAGGGCAAUAAGUCGGGGGUUAAAGACGAUGGUGACAAUGACGAUGAAAUGGACGAGAAGCCGGUCAAGCAGGGUGGUGGUGGAGGGAAGUCGAGGAAGAAGAAUGUGGUAGUUGAUGAUGAUGAAUAUGCUAUCGGGGCAGACGUAUCAGAAGAGCCGGAAGAAAAAGUUGCACCGGCGAUGGCAGGUGGUAAGAAAAAAGGUAAAAAGGGAAAGAAGAGUGCGACUAGUUAUGGAGUACUUGGAGAGGAUGACGAUGUAGAAGACAGGUUGGAUUUAACGAGGGAUAGUGACCAAGAGGAUGAAGGCAUUGCCCAAUUCUCUGGGAAGGCGAAGAAGUCUAGUGUGUUUUCUACAGCUUUUGACACAAUUGGUGAUGAAGAUGAAGAACCAGUGGUUGCUGGUGAGGGGAAGAAUUCAUUUAGUGUGGCGCUUCUUGAUGAAGAAGAGGAGGCGACAGAGACAGUUGAAGACGAUGAUGAUGUGCCAGAACUUAUUUUUGCAGGUAAAAAGAAGUCAUCUAAGAAGAAGAAAAAAAGUGCUGUCAGCAUGACUGAAGCCAAUGUUAAGGAAGAAGCUGAACCUGAAGAAGCGGAUGAUAAUAAAAGCAAAAAGCAGGAAAGAGAUGUACCAGAAACUUCUAAGAAUAAAACCAAGAAGAAAAAGGGUGGCCGUACAACAGUACAAGAAGAUGAGGAUGAGAUUGACAAGAUUCUAGCAGAGCUUGGUGAAGGAGCAGCUCCUGCUCCUGCUCCGGAGGUGCAGCCUGAGUCAAAAGAUAGUAAAUCUAAGAAGAAAAAGGCCGGUAGAACAGCUCAAGAGGAGGAUGACAUCGACAAAAUUCUGGCAGAAAUUGGUGAAGGGCAAGCUACAUCUGCACCUGCUCCUGCUUCUCUUCUACAAGAGGAGAAAAGUCAACCAGGCGAUGAUGCUGCUGAGAAGGAGGAAGCAGUUGAAGAAGGAGCUGUUGAGUCUGCUGCUGCAAAGAAGAAGAAAAAGAAGAAGGAGAAGGAAAAAGAGAAAAAGGCAGCUGCAGCUGCAGCAGCUGCCUCUAGUGUGGAGGAAGAAACAAAAACUGAUGCAAAAGGAAAAUUGGGAGAUAAGAAACAGUCGAAGCAGGUUAAGGAGAUGCAAGAGAGACUCAAAAAGAUGAAGGAAGCUGAAGAAAGGAAGAAGAGGGAAGAAGAGGAAAAGUUAAGGAAGGAAGAAGAGGAACGUCUUCGCCUGGAAGAACUGGAAAGACUUGCAGAAGAGAAGAAACGUUUGAAAAAGGAGAGAGAGAAGGAAAAGCUCUUGAAGAAGAAACAAGAGGGAAAACUGCUUACAGGAAAGCAAAAGGAAGAAGCUCGAAGAUUAGAAGCAAUGAGAAAGCAAUUUCUUGCUAAUGGUGGGACACAGGCACUCCCCAUUGGGGAGAAUAAGAAAGAGACAACCAAACGGCCAAUUUAUCAAAAAAAGAAGUCGAAGCCACAAGCUAAUGGAAAAUCCCAGGAAGAGUCUGUUGAAAGCUCAGAAGUUAAAGAACAGCAGCAGGAGCUGGUGUCUGAGGUUGACUCCGUGGAAACUGAGAAGGUUGAGGAUGUGGAUUCGACAAUUACAGAGGAGAAGUCAGAAAUAGCUGAUGCAGAAGAAAAUGAAGCUGAAGAAGAAGAAGAUGAUGAGGAAUGGGAUGCAAAAAGUUGGGAUGAUGCUGAUCUGAAACUGCCUGGUAAGAGUGCUUUUGAAGACGAGGAGGUAGAUUCAGAACCGCUGCCUAUAACUAAGAAAGAGAUUAAGGUUGCAAGUUCAACUGCAGCAACUCUCCCUGUUGCUGUCAAGUCGGUGAUUCCUACUCAAAAAGCGGCUGCAACUGUACCAGGUGUACUGAAGAAUGACCAAGGUAGGAAGGGUGACCCUGAGGAUAGCGUUGCAGAACAAAACAAGCAGAAAGGCAGUCCUGAAGAACCCCAGAGUGAAGACAAUCUCCGGUCUCCUAUUUGCUGUAUUAUGGGGCAUGUUGAUACUGGUAAAACCAAGCUACUUGAUUGCAUACGAGGCACUAAUGUUCAAGAAGGUGAAGCUGGAGGGAUUACUCAGCAGAUAGGUGCAACUUACUUUCCAGCUGAGAAUAUACGCGAGAGAACUAAGGAGCUCAAAGCUGAUGCGAAGCUGAAGGUCCCUGGUUUGUUGGUCAUCGACACUCCUGGACAUGAAUCUUUCACGAAUCUGCGUUCUCGAGGUUCAGGUUUAUGUGAUAUUGCAAUUUUGGUUGUUGACAUCAUGCAUGGACUAGAACCACAGACCAUAGAAUCACUUAAUCUUCUGAAGAUGCGGAAUACAGAAUUUAUUGUUGCUCUGAAUAAGGUGGAUAGGCUUUAUGGAUGGAAAGUUUGUAAGAAUGCUCCCAUUGUGAAGGCGAUGAAGCAACAGUCCAAAGAUGUUCAGUUUGAAUUUAAUAAUAGGCUUACUCAGGUUGUUACCCAGUUCAAGGAACAAGGUAUAAAUACAGAAUUAUACUAUAAAAACAAAGAAAUGGGGAAGGACACUUUCAGUAUUAUACCAACUAGUGCUAUUAGUGGCGAAGGUAUUCCUGACAUGCUGUUGUUACUUGUUCAAUGGACACAAAAGACAAUGGUUGAGAAACUUACUUACAGCAACGAAGUCCAGUGUACGGUUUUGGAGGUUAAGGUUGUUGAAGGUCAUGGAACAACCAUUGAUGUGGUUUUGGUUAAUGGUGUGCUUCAUGAAGGAGAUCAAAUAGUCGUUUGUGGCAUGCAGGGACCUAUUGUUACCACAAUCCGAGCAUUACUGACGCCUCAUCCCAUGAAGGAACUCCGAGUAAAGGGAACAUAUUUGCAUCAUAAGCAAAUCAAGGCUGCCCAGGGUAUAAAGAUUACCGCUCAGGGCUUUGAGCAUGCAAUUGCUGGUACUAGUCUAUAUGUUGUGGGGCCUGAUGAUAAUUUGGAAGAUAUCAAAGAAGCAGCUAUGGAAGAUAUGAAGUCAGUGAUGAGCCGGAUCGACAAAAGUGGAGAGGGAGUAUAUGUUCAAGCAUCUACACUUGGAUCAUUGGAAGCUUUGCUGGAAUUUUUGAAGACCCCAGAUGUAAGCAUACCUGUCAGUGGGAUCGGCAUAGGCCCUGUGCAUAAAAAGGAUGUCAUGAAAGCUAGUGUUAUGCUUGAGAAGAAGAAAGAGUAUGCAACAAUCUUGGCCUUCGACGUGAAAGUGACACAGGAAGCUCGGGAACUUGCAGAUGAGGCUGGUGUCAAAAUUUUUAUGGCUGAUAUUAUUUAUCACCUGUUCGAUCAGUUUAAAGCCUACAUUGACACUAUCAAGGAAGAACAAAAGAAGGAAGUUGCUGAAGAAGCAGUCUUCCCCUGUGUGCUCAAGAUUGUACCAAAUUGUGUCUUCAACAAGAAAGAUCCAAUUGUUCUGGGAGUUGAUGUUCUUGAGGGCAUUGCCAGGAUCGGAACUCCAAUAUGUAUUCCUCAAAAGGACUUCAUUGAUAUAGGUCGUCUUGCGUCCAUUGAGAACAACCAUAAGCCUGUUGACUCUGCGAAGAAAGGCCAAAGGGUGGCCAUUAAGAUAGUUGGAUCUAACUCUGAGGAGCAACAGAAGAUGUUUGGCAGGCAUUUUGAAAUGGAAGAUGAGCUUGUCAGCAAAAUUUCAAGGAGGUCCAUUGACAUACUCAAGGCCAAUUUCCGGAAAGACCUAUCAGUUGAGGAUUGGAGACUUGUCAUGAAACUGAAGACCCUCUUUAAGAUACAAUGAGGCAGGUUCUUUGCAGCUUUCAAAGGAGUUGGUUCUUGGGAUUCCGGUAAGCAGCAAGCAGUUCAUCGAGCAAUAAGUGGUGAUUUUACCCGAAACGAGGAGUUUGGAGUCAAAAUAGAGCACACGUCAGGGACAGAUGAGCAGAAGUGAAGUAUGCAAGUGGCGUUGGCUGUUGCAAUUGAUUUCCUUUUGUUGGUACUCCGAGCAUUUUGUAUAUGGCGUUUUUGGUUCUGAAUUGAAGGAGCGUAGAAUUGUGAGAAUUUUUGCAGCGUUGACCAAUGACAGAGAGGAGUGUGUUGCACGGGGGCAUGAAAGAUGGCAACACGUUUUUUGUGAUACAGAAAUGUGAUUUUGAUAUACAAAAACGCGAAAGAUUAUUGGUUGACUGUUGGCUAGUGCUUCUUCCAAUAUUAAUAAUUCCUUUCUAUAGAUAUACUACUAUUACUCAGGAGUAAGAUCUCUUCUAAUAUAAGUUAGGCUUCUUUAGAGUGAUGCAAAAAAGCCUUGUAAUAUACAAAAGAGGGCGGUGAAUCUAGAUACAAAACAUAUCUUUCAUUCCUGAAUUUUUCUUCUCGUAGAUUGUUAAGGUUACUUAAGAGAGCAUCACAUUUGUCAA